UUACACCUGGACUAAAGAUGUAUAAGGAGUUGUCCAACCCAUCAUAAAACCCAUGUCCAAGUGAAGUCAAAAUGCUCAGCUUCUUACACCUGUUAAACAUGCUCUCCUUCCAAAUAGGUCACACCAUCGACCUUAGACUUGUCCAAGUGGGGGAAGUAGUAAAAAAAAAAACAACAACAAAAACCUGUAAGAUUAUGCAAGAUGAGCAUCGCAUCAAUCACUUCACAAAUGUUAUCUCCUCCCCGCCUGGAUCAAAUGAAUACCGAUCUAGUUGUCAAGGAACUGCAAUGUCCAUUUUAUUUGUCUGUAGCUCUGGCACACUUCCAAGUUUUACCAUAACAUGUAUCAUUAUGGUUAUAGUCCAUUGCUGUAUCGUACAAUGAUGUUCGUGCAUCCAAACCCCUACAUGCCUUACACCAAUGGAAGGUUCCAAGAUGCUCCUGGGGGCUUUGUUUUACCUCCAAUACAGAUGCACAAUUUCAGCAGCCGACCUUUUCCGCUCUUUGAUGGGCAAGUGUAUUAUCCCCAGGAAUUUACAAAAGGACAUCGAGAAUAUCACCAUUUUUAUGGUGUAAAUCCUUACUAUGCUCUUCCAAACUGGUAUUACCCUAGAUACAGUGGGGUACCACCAUAUAACCAUUCAAAGAACUAUAACAACAAACAUAUUAAACCGAACAGAUGGCCAGAAGGCUUUACCAUAAAAGGAGAGCUUCACUGGGGAAAACUAGAGAGAGUGUUUGGGAUGAAACGGGAACUUCCAGAAUUUGUCAAAGAUGACCUUCGUAGAGUGUAUGGUACUUACCCUAGGACAUUUGUUGCUAUAACUUAUCAGAAUGGUGAAUUUCUUGUUAAAGGUGAUCCCAAGAUUGAGGAACAGGAGUACACUGUUGAAAAGAAAGUUGUUCAAAGGGAACCAACUCCCGCCAAUUCUGAGGAUGGCAUAAGUGAAAGAAAGCAGAGCAAGAAGAAAAGGAAAGGAAGGCGUUGAUUUGAAUAUUAUAUGAGGUGGACUGAGUAUAAUAGUCUCAUAUUUAUAAAGGAGGAAGUGGCACUUUAAAACACCAAGAGCCAUGAAUAACCUGUAAAAUAGCUCUUAGUAACGUCAUCAGUUGUAAUAAUAUCACUUGUGUCACAGAGUCACUGAAACUUGUGUUUUAAAAAAACAAUUCUACCCCUGUUAUUAAAAAAAGGAUAUCAUGUCACCUCGGCGCUCCAUAAAAUGUAUAAAAGCACUUGGCCUGCAGCAUUGUGCCAAAAUGUGCUCAUGCAUCUCCAAAGUACAUUCUAAGUUUGCUAUAUUUUGCAAAGCAGGGGCAUUAUUCCCUAUAUUGAUAAAGUAUACAUGUUGUAUAGUUGUCUGCUUAAGUAAAUGAUUGGUUUAUCAUG